UUGUGCGUUGUGUGUUGGUGUGAGGCCAGAGACUGUGUGUGUGAAAUAGAGAGAGAGUGUUGUUAGAAAGAGAAAGGCCUUGAAUUGAUGAGAGUACGAUGUAGUGAGCAGUACGGCUGCUAUCAGAGCCCAGGCUUCUGCCAGAAGGAGAUUGGAGUAUGAUGCUUAUCGCACGGACCUUGAGGAGUUGAACCUGGGACCCCGUGAUUCACUGACCCUGUCGAAGAUCGACCUGGCGCAGCAGCUGUUUCUGGUGCAUAAGGAGAAGUAUCCUGUAACUCCCUAUCUGAACAAUGACAGACGGGAUCAUGGGAAAGGCCGCCACAAUGGAAAUUGCCAUAAACAGCAAUGGUGACACAGCCGGUUUACCAGAGGAUGAUGGUUUAGAGCAGGACCUUCAGCAGGUGAUGGUGUCAGGCCCAAAUCUGAAUGAGACCAGUAUUGUCUCCGGGGGUUAUGGGGGAACAGCAGAAGCGAUAAUUGCAACAGGUACAAUCAAAGGCACACGUGUGAAAGCCCUGGCACCACGGUCUGUGCUAAUCUCACCCAGCAGGUCUGCUGCCAGUAGGAUAGCCAGUCAGGGCAACACCUCACCAGGGUGUAGUAACCUUCACCAAUCGCAGAGUGGUCCGAUGACCGGCAGUGAGGAGUCAUCCCGGGGGAUCGCUGGUGAGAAGUUUGACAUUGUGAAAAAGUGGGGAAUCAACACCUACAAGUGUACAAAGCAGUUGAUCUCGGAGAGGUUUGGUCGAGGCUCUCGGACAGUGGACCUGGAACUUGAAGCUCAGAUCGAGCUCCUACGUGACACAAAGAGGAAAUACGAGAAUGUGCUGCGGCUUGCCCGAGCGCUCACAAACCAUUUCUACAACCUGGUGCAGACACAGCGGGCCCUGGGCGAGUCUUUCUCUGAUCUCAGUCAGAAAUCCCCCGAACUCCAGGAGGAGUUUGGACAUAACGCUGAUACUCAGAAGCUGCUGUGUAAGAAUGGGGAGACAUUGCUUGGAGCCAUCAACUUCUUUGUAUCGAGCAUCAACACUCUGGUCAACAAGACAAUGGAAGAUACGCUGCUCACUGUCAAACUGUUUGAGAAUGCCAGAUUGGAGUAUGAUGCUUAUCGCACGGAUCUUGAGGAGUUGAACCUGGGACCCCGUGAUUCACUGACCCUGUCGAAGAUCGACCUGGCACAGCAGCUGUUUCUGGUGCAUAAGGAGAAGUACGAGAGAUUACGCAGUGAUGUCACCAUCAAGCUAAAAUUCCUGGAGGAGAAUAAGGUGAAAGUGAUGCACAAACAGUUACUGCUGUUCCACAAUGCCAUCUCGGCCUACUUCGCUGGGAACCAGCAGCAAUUGGAGCAAACCCUCAAACAAUUCAAUGUGAAGAUGAAGGUGUCGAGCUCUGAAAAACCAUCGUGGCUGGAGGAACAGUGACAACAAAACUAGUUUGGAGCAGGACCUGAGGGAAGCAGAGCCAGGCAAUGAGGAAGCUGCAUUAAAUACAAAAAAAAACUCAAAAAUUUACCAUUUGAUUCCAUGUGUUUGAAACAAACUCUCAGACAUGUUAGAAUUUUAGGGGAAAUUUCCUGGUUGCUUAAACUCAAAUCAUUUCCAGAUUUCUUGGCUUUGUAAUCUUACACUAAAGCAAACACUAAGGUACGAUGGGACUGUGUCAGAGCUUCAAGCAUGCUCCUCGUUUGUAAAUAUUCAGUCUAGGGACCACAGAGGCUUUCCAGAUUCCUGGAGGUCUGUGGGUGUGGUGAUACCUGGAAGUUUGGAACAUGAGUCACCCUCCCAAAACAUCCCGGUUCCCCAAAGUCUUUGGGCUCUGGUCCUGGGGGUGCUGAGUUUCGUGGGGAACAAGUUAUUUAAAGGGGAUCUUGAUUUAUUUAGUUGCUUAAUUCUAAAGGGGGGGAGGGGAAUGAACCUUCCAGACACAUGGAGCUGCCAGUUGGUGAGGCCAUUGUUCGGGCUCCUCCAUCAAGACCAGCUCCCACCCCCUCCCUCCGUCCCACCCCCAGUGGGGGUGAGCAUCUUUACCGGGAGCACCAUAGUUAAAGGUUGUCCCAUGAAUGGGGAAUUUCCCAAACCUAGAGUAUUUAUUGAAGCUGAGUGGAGGAGAGGGGGUUUGGCUGUUAGAUGGAAUCAGUUCAAACAUCCACAAGUGUUGUCACUUUGGGGGGAGUCCCCAAGUAUUGGAAAUGUUUGCAGAGUGAGAAUUCUGUGGUGUAUUAAAAAAAAUCUUUAACUCUGCAUUUUCUGUAUGUACUGUUUGUGAUGUUUAAAUUUAUUACUAUGAAAGAAACAAAUCAAAUAAACAGCAAAAACCAGGUACGCUGGGGAAUUCUGGAAAUAAGAGUUGUCAGGAUUGGGAGAGAUGGGGAUACAAUUGGACAGCAACAUUCCUGAGACCCAUUGCUCCCUGAGACCGCUCCUGCCACUUCCCUCUUCCCCCCCCCCCCCCCCCCAUCUCCCUCCACACUCAGCCUGCUGUUUCUGCUGUUUCUAGACCCUUCAGUUUAUAAUCUUAAAGUAUACAACUGGUGAUUUUAUAAAAUAAAUUCCCUUCCAUCUCCA